AUGGGCAGUUUCAAAAUGAACAAGUGUAUCGCCCUCAUCCUUAUCCCAUGCUUGGUGGCCUUUGUUGUGGCCCAGUAUCCCGGAUAUGGUCAUGGCGCCGGAUACGGAGUAGGAGGCUACGGAAGCGGAUAUGGUCUGAGUAACUUCUACUACAACUACGGUAACCAGCAGCAAGAGAAGAGCUCUAACUUUGCUCUAUUGAUCUCUGGUCUUCUGUUGUUGUUCGCCUUCAACAUUACCGGAACCUUGACUGGUUAG